AUGAAGCUUUACCUCGCCGCUGCUAUUUUCCUUGCUACUGGACCCCUUGCCGCCGGGAGCACAGAAAUGCUCGCGUCCUGCUUCAAGAGUGGGGCGACCAGCAGUAAUGGGUACUACUGGACUUCCUGUAAACCAAAUGGGGGCGGACGCUAUGGGACCAUCACCUCAGAAAAGACGGGAAGUUGGUGCUAUAUCAAAGCGUACGACCACGCAACUAGCCCGAUGGAGUGCGGCACCAAGCCUGAUGAUAACCAUGGCCCACCUGUUUGUCUGGAAAAGCAGGACGACGAGAAACUUGGCGGAUGUGGUGUGAGUGGAAGCUAG